UGUGCUUGUACUCUGAUUCACUGGGUCACAGGCCAGUCCCAUGGGUCGGAAUAUUUGGGUUUGACUGAAUAUAAAAUGCUGUGUUUACCUCAAUUUGACUCGAUCCCAAACACACACGCACAGUCGCGCGCGCACACACACACACACACACACACACACACACACAGACCCAGUGUGUAUAGAACCUCUUUUAUUCUUUGGUGAUCUCUUUCUCAUUACUCACACAUCUUAAUCAACCCCAGCCCUCUCCCCUACCCGUACUCUACUGGCACCCAGGAUCCUAUAGAUGGGCUAAAAGGUUAUUUAUUCAGUGUAUAGGAAAAGUAGGUAGCUGAAACCAUAACAGGCUAAACUGAUGUUUUAGUUUAGCAUCAUAGUGUCUCAAUAGCAACAUAUAUUCUAGUUUUCACCUGUCACUGUUACCACUACUACCACGCAGCUGAAUGAACUGGAGUUGGUUUGCAUAUUAGACAGAGAGAAUUUAGGGCCUGAGAGAGAUUAUUUAGUGCCUGUAAUGACCUGCAAUGUACAGCUGUCCUUUUGGAACAUAAGAUAAACAUUCUUCUCCGUAUGUGUGUUUGCAUUGUGCUGUAGUACACAGUAGUAUUCUAACAUGAAUAUAAACAGCCUGACGGGAAAGUCCUCUUUCACUGUCUACUUAAAGUACAUUCAUACACACAGACACACGCUCUCUCUCCAUCUCUGUUGCUGUCACACACAUCCAUUCCCAUGAUCAACAGUAGAAGCGGCAGAUCAGCAAUACCCCUCUAUUCUCUCUCCGUCUCUGCUGUCUGUGUUGCCUUCAUGUCCAGACUAGAAUGGUUGGAGAAAUAGAGCAGACAGGCCUUUAUCAGUGGCUGGCCACAGGCUGCAGUUGCUGCAGGGAGCUGGUGAUCAGAGAGGGGCUGGAUGCAGGGUGCAGCUCUGGCUGACUGGUGAUAAACCACAAACAAACAUGAGUGUUCCAGCAGAUUAGGAGGCAGACACGGAGAGAAAGUGAAACAGAAAAGGGGAGAGGAGAGUGUUGUGUGUUUUGUAGUUGCAGUGAAUUGUAUUUGUUGUCAUUAUAGGAUCUUAGACCAGUACCUAAAGGUUGUCUAUUGUUGGUGUGUGGGCAGUGGCAGUUGUCUGCUGGUGUAAGGAGUUGUAAGUGCAGUGUUGGAGGUGUAUUAACAUGUACAGCGUAGCGAGUCUGCAGAGACUGUGAACGUCAAGCAUGAUGUGGCUCGUGGUUGAUAUUUUGGUGGUUUAGCAACUGAACACUAAUCUCUCUCUAGGUUGUGGUUGAGAGUUAUUGAAGGAAAGACAGAUUGGUGUUGUCAUUUAACCCUCUCAGUUCUAUAGUUGAGGGCUUCACAGACACAGACCAAGUGUGGCUGAAUGUAUCACCCAGCAGAGCAGUAUCAUGGACGUAACACCAGGGACUCCUACCCUGCUGGAGGACCUCACAGAGGAACAUGGGCCCCCGUCAACAGUCGCCCCUGGGGCCCUCCAAACAGGUACACCGGAGGAAUCAACCAAUCCCAGCACGUUAACAAGAUUUAUGACAGAGGGGCCAGGCCCUCCUUCCAUGUCCAGGGAAGGGACCCUCAGAGGGACCAGAGACCAGCAACACGACCCUGGGCCCAGAAAGACCAGGCUUAUGAGACCCAGGGCUGGCACCAGGACUCCCCACGGUCAUUUCAAAACCAUGGCCGCAACCAGGGAGGCUACCAAACAGGACCGGGGGAACCCUACACCAUCUGGGACUUUUACAACAACCAGCCUCCCAGAUAUGGGGGUCCCCACCAGCACCAACGGCCCAGAGAUCCCCCCGGAGACCUGGGCUCCCCAGCAGAGAGGUGGGUCACCUCAGACCGCUCCAGGGCCUUCCCAGGCAGGAUGAUAGACCAGGGACCAGGACCAUGGAAGCGCCCGCCCCCCCACAAGCACCACCGUGGCCAACCUCCACACCGCUCCCCACACUCACAGCACUCUCCGCCCCCCAAGGAAGACUGCCCUGCCAAGAGGAGCAGGAGCUCUGGCCCUGAGCAGCCCUCUCACCGUGGCUCAAAGCAUUUAUCUGGACCAGACCAGCCACACUCACCACCCCACUACCUCCCUCCCAAACAAGGUUUCUGGAACCAAUCAUAUGACAGACCUGGUUCUCGCACCCAUGCUGACAGGAGGACGUUGUCUACCGAGUUACAAGAAUCCAUCAAGUCAAGAUUAGGGCGUUUCAACUAUAGUACACAUCAUUCUACCCAUAGUCCAGUUCCCCAGGUCCCCUUCGAUGGUCAAGGCCCCCCUCCUUCCUCCUAUCCCCGCCACCCUUCUCCAUCCCAGCCCUGUGGCGGUAGCAGACCCCCCCACCAUGGAUCCUGGGUGGAGGUGUAUGGCCAGUCCCAGCCCCCCUCCUCACCAGCAGAACACACCGGCGUGCCUUACAGCCAGCACCACCAGCGCCCCCCAUCACCCCCCUCAGUACCUCAGCACAGCCCCCCAGCUCCACGCUCCCACAGACAGAAGAGGGAUCAGACCCCCUCCCAGCCCUCUGCUAGAGAGCCUCCCCACCGCAACAGCAGCCACAGAGUUUUAGGCUUCACAGCCCUGAGCUCCUCCUGCCCCUCUGGCCUCUCCAGCUCCACCACUCCUAGUAAGGCCAGUGGGAAGAAAGACCCUCCACCCAAUCAGAGGAGUCCUGACACUGCCGCUGGCACACCCCAUAAACGGGGACCAAGGACCCCCUCACCCAGUCCCACUCCUCCCCCUCUCUCUGCCUCCCGCACAGGGCUAGGCUCAGAGCCCCAGACCCCACCCAGCUCUCCCCAGGAUAGACCUACUGUCAACAAGCCAGGGCUUCAGCCUCAUCGACACAAACAGACAGAAAGGACCCAUAAGGAUAAAGAAAGUCGAGCGGAGAGAGGCGAGGUGGGAAAGAGGGAACCAACGAGGAAGAUGGAGAAGAAGAUGGAGGAGAGGAAAAGGAGAAAGGAGAAAGAAGCGAAAAGGGAGGAUGGGGUAAAGAAUAAGUUGAGGGACAAGGUGGAGAGAAAAAAUAGGAAAGAGGAAGGGAGGAAGAUUGAGAAAAGGGAGGAGAGUCUUAGGGCUAAGCAGCUGGAGAAAGCAGAGAUGGGAUGCUCAAAUUCACCACGUGAAUCAUCCCUCCCUCCAUCAGUAUGGCCUUCCUCCCCUAAGACUCAGUCUGGAUCUAGGGUUCCAGGGAAGCCAGGCCAACCCUCCCAGACACCAUCCACCGCUGGCAAACACAGACACAGAGAGAAGGGCCAAGGAAGAGGUCGAACGUCCCAUGACCACAGCUCUCCAAAUACCUCAGAGACAGUGCCACCUGCUGGCCCACUUGCCGCCCAUCCUAACCAACCCUCACCACAUCCAUCCAAACACAAAAAGUCAAGGAGGGGAGGGACCCUGUACAAGUCAAACCCAGCUCAACCCAAACACCCCGUCAAGGGCUCACCACUGCCAACCUGUCCCCCACCCACCACCACCACCACCAUUAACAACAACAUCAGCAGCACCAACAAGACCAGUAAGACCAGUCCUCAGCCCACCAGCCCUCCAAAACCAUCUAAAUGCAGCACAGAGGAGAAGGCUGAUUCUACCCCCUCCACACUCUCAUCCAAAACCCCAGCAGCUCCCACUGUGGCUGGGUCAGCGGGGUCCAUCCCAAGCCAGCAGAACCAGACAGAGACAAUGGGUGUGUGUCCAGAAGGGGGGGUCCUGCUGGCCCCAGAUCUCCAGCCUGCGGCGGGAGUGGGCAGUGUGGAGGAACUGGGAGACAACCCCCCCGCCAGCCCCCCUGUGCUCAGCUGGCAAGGCUCUCCAGCAUCAGCCAUGAGUGAGGAAGAAGAGGAGGAAGAGCAGGGAGGAGUGAUGAGGAGACCUGUCCUGCAGCCCAGCCCCACCCACAGCCCGUCCAUCUCACCCCCCCAUGGGAACUUAGAGGAGCUCAAUGAGAAGGCAGAGGGGGUCAGUGAGGGAAGGGGUGCUGAUGAGCUUCGCCAUAGCGACUUGGCCAAGCUCUAUGGCCUGCCUGAUACUCCCAAUGGAGUGGAAGAGGAGGAUGAGGAAGAGGAGGACAGUAGUGGGGACACUUCAUCCAGCUCUCUGCCUCCCCGUCGGCCACACCUCCACCAGACAGGAGUGGCUGAUGUCUUCAAGUCUUUGGCCUCGUUCCUAGGGGGCCAGAGAUACACAUAUCGGGGCGGUCCGUUUGGGCGUCCUCCUCCUAGCUCCAUGGGAGGAGUGAAGUACUCUUCCUCCCUCGCCAUGGACCCGGAAACCAACUGUCAGGACCAGCAGUGUCCCUCCCCGACAUCUGACUCCACCACGCCCCCACGACUCACUACCCAAUCACCCACUCACACUACCUCAGAUCCGCCUUCUAAACCCCGUCCUCCCUUAGACCUCAACCAACCACAACUCUCCGUGGGGGAGCGCACGAAACAGAAGCACGCGAGAUUGGAGGAGAUUCAGAAUGAGAGGAAGAAGGAGAGGACUAAGGGUGUAGACAGCGGGGAGACAGCCGGGUCUCUGAGCGCUGAGCUGAGGUUGACCACCACACACCGCCUCCCUGCCACCACAAAGGAGGAGCGGGGGCAGAGGGAGGUACGCAGGCGGACAGGCAGGAAGAGGGUACAAAGCGGUGCAGAUGGAAACAGGGAAGAGGAUGGGAAAAGGAAGAGAAGGAAACAAGAUAGCAGUCAUCAGAGGAGUGGAGGCAAUGAAAAGAAGAAGAUAGAAGAAAAGAGAGACAGAAAAUCAGCCUCCUCCAUUACGUUGUCCUCAUGUACACCACCCCCCAGUAGCCCGGUCAAGCAGCUCAAAGACACUAAGAAGAGCCGUCCGAUUCCGGGGAACCUCGGCCUCCAGAGCAAAGGCAUCCAGGGACAGAAAGACAAGGCGCACACAGGAAACACUGAGCAGGGGGCAGAAUCGACAGUGAGGAAGGAGGAGAGGUGCAGUGAGCCUGAAACCAUGACGUCCACACCAGGCAGUAACACAGACACAGUGGCAACCGCAACUAGCACCAUCAACACUCCCUCUACUGCUACCCCCACCCCGGCCCCGCCUGCUGCCCCAGUGAGGAGGACCCCCUGUCCCCUGGCUGCUGCUGAUUUCCUGAAGCUGAAGGCCCUGUCCAUGGGCCCUCCCAAGGAGCUGAAGAUCCGUCUGAUCAAGGUGGAGAGUGGAGACCGAGAGACGUUCAUCGCCUCCGAGGUCGAGGAGCACCGGAUCCCCCUAGGAGAGGUCAGCAUCAGACACACAGCCAGCGAGGUCAUCAGGGCCUGCAAGAGCGCGAAGGUAAAGGGGAAGUUUCGGGAGUCCUAUCUGCUCCGUGCUUUCUCUGUCAAGCCUGUUCUCAUCACCGACCCACCCAUCCCACGAGAGAAGCUUAACCCCCCCACACCAAGCAUCUAUUUGGAGAGUAAGAGAGAUGCCUUCUCCCCAGUCCUCCUCCAGUUCUGUACUGAUCCCAAGAACCCUGUCACUGUCAUCCGAGGCCUGGCUGGAUCCCUCCGGCUCAACCUGGGUCUGUUCUCCACUAAGUCUCUGGUGGAGGCCAAUGCAGAGCAUGCUGUGGAGGUGAGGACCCAGGUGCAGCAGCCUGCUGAUGAGAACUGGGACGCCACUGGUUCAGGCCAGACCUGGCCUUGCGAGAGCAGCCGCUCACACACCACCAUCGCCAAGUACGCCCAGUACCAGGCCUCCAGCUUCCAGGAGAGCCUCCAGGAAGAGAAGGACAGUGAGGAUGAGGAUAAGGACGAACAAGAAGAGAAGCAGGCUCCGUCCUCUGACCCGUCAACCACCGCUGCGUCUGGCGCCAGCAAAGCCAACCCUUCUGUGGUUGCUAGCAAAGCCAACCCUUCUGUGGUUGCUAGCAAAGCCAACCCUUCUGUGGUUGCUAGCAAAGCCAACCCUUCUGUGGUUGCUAGCAAAGCCAACCCUACUGUGGUUGCUAGCAAAGUCGGCCCUACACCUAUUGCUAACACACUCAGGCCAGAGGCAAAAUCGACUGGAAAUAUCAUCAAAUUCGGCACCAACAUCGACCUCUCUGAUCCUAAGAGGUGGAAGCCCCAGCUGCAGGAGCUGCUGAAGCUGCCAGCCUUUAUGCGUGUGGAGUUCAAUGGAAACAUGCUGAGCCACGUGGGACACACCAUCCUGGGCAUGAACACCGUCCAGCUCUACAUGAAGGUCCCCGGGAGCCGCACGCCUGGCCACCAGGAGAAUAAUAACUUCUGCUCUGUGAACAUCAACAUCGGGCCGGGGGAUUGUGAGUGGUUUGCAGUCCAUGAGCACUACUGGGAGCACGUCAACAACUUCUGUGAGAAGCAUGAAGUAGACUACCUGACGGGGUCCUGGUGGCCUGUUCUGGAGGAUCUGUACCGCUCCAACAUCCCGGUGUAUCGCUUCAUCCAGAGACCAGGGGACCUGGUGUGGAUCAACGCAGGGUCCAUCCACUGGGUGCAGGCUGUGGGCUGGUGCAACAACAUCGCCUGGAAUGUUGGACCUCUCAACUCAUACCAGUAUCAGCUGGCUCUGGAGCGCUUUGAGUGGAACGAGGUGAAGAAGGUCAAGUCCAUCGUUCCCAUGAUCCAUGUCUCCUGGAAUGUGGCCCGCACUAUCAAGAUCACAGACCAAGAAACCUACAAGAUGGUCAAACAUUGUCUCCUACAGUCCAUCAAGCACAUCCAGAUUCUGAGAGACCAGCUGGUUGCUGCAGGGAAGAAGAUCUCUUAUCAGAGCCGUGUGAAGGACGAACCAGCCUACUACUGCAACGAGUGUGACGUGGAGGUGUUUGACCUGCUGUUUGUGACCAGUGAGUCUGGCAAUAGGAAGACCUACAUGGUGCACUGUGAGGACUGUGCCCGGACUGUGUCCAAGAGCCCCUCGCUGGCUGGAGUUGUGGUGCUGGAGCAGUACCGCGUGGAGGAGCUGAUGAGAACCUACGACAGCCUCUGUGUGACUCCAUCACCCUGCUCCAAGUGAGGCCUCCUUCCUGUUGUCCAACAGCCAUAACCAAAACCCCUACACAGUGGCAGCACAGGCGUCAUCUUCAAGGAAUACUACUACUGCUAACACUUGGUGAACAGCCAACCAUGUUUACUCAGUGUCGUUUACAUCACCGUAAGAUAUCGUCCGUCAGCCAAUUGAAUUCCAGCUCACUGUCUUCCCCUCCUACCAGCUGCUGAUUGGACUUGAGUCUUGAGAUAGAAUGACUAGACUGGUACAACUACUCGUUAAAAACAUGUCAGACAACUACAGAAAAUGUGAACAUAGUUAGCACUGAAAAAUCAGGUCUUAUUUAAAACGGACACUGCUGUGAUUCAAAAGCGUCAAGUAGCCGGUAUAUGGUGCAUUAAUUCAGGUACUUUUAUGCAAAUCCAAUGGAACUUUUUUACACCAAUCUAGUUAUUCUACACCCAUGAAUUUACUGUGUUGCGACGCUAUCAGCAGGGGAAUCGCUUCACUAGCAAAGUAGCCAAUAGUCUCAAUGAAAUUACAUUGUUUUGGUUUUGUUUUCUAUUCAGGUGAACUCUGACAUUUAUAAUUCCUGUCUGUAUACUCUUUGGGGUGCUAUUUCCAUUUCAUUUAUUCUGACCUAGGUAUUUCAAAAGUUUAACCAGCCUAGAAGUACACCUCAUUGGCCUUGCGGAACUGUAUUUAGAUGAAAGGGAAAAAUGCAAACAUGCAGAAAAGGUUUUCGAAAAGCAUUAGGAAUUUUCAUUUAAGAAAUACGGGUUUACGAGACCGAGGACUAAUCUGGUUUCACUCUUUGUUGGAAAUCAAGUCUGUUUUCAUUGUGAUUUUAGUUUUUGCAUAAUAAUCCUAAAUAAUGUUUGGUAGAGAGAGAUGUGAUUGCUACAAUAUACCCUAAAGAGGAUCCCCCUUCCUUUUUCUUUUGAUAAAUGGUAUCGUUCUCCCUGUUUUUAAACCUCUUUUUUUUUUUGGUUGCUAUCUCCUUCUUUUCUCGAUUACAGAGAAAAUGGAAGAAUUGUAAAUUGUGACUUUAUUUAUAUAUGUAUAUGUUUUGUUUUCUUAAAUGUAUUUAUUGCAUAUUGAUGGUGCUUCUCUGGGGACACCAGCUAUUUUUAAAGUUUCCUAUUGUGUGUGGACAGGUAAGGGCAAACAGGGGGAGGUUGGAUUUUAAUGGUGCUCAACCCCCUCUUGCCUCGACCCAACCCCUCACUAACUGUGUAUAAAUGAUCUAUGAAUAUAAGUCAAUGAAUAUAACUGAAACCGAGAGGUUGGUGCUUAGAACCGCGUCAUUACGCUUACUGGUAAAUGAAUAGAAUGAUGUCUUUGUACUGUAUCUAACUGAUAAAAACAAUACCUUUUUUCAACUUUUUUGCAUUAAUACGAAAUUCAUAAAAUUGUGACGCAUUUGUGAUUUUAUGAUGGAUAUUAUCAGUAUUUGUAGUUUUAGCCACUUUUGAACGAGACUUUUAGGGAUGUAUAGCGAGGUGUGGGUUUGGGUUCCUUCCGUGUUCUGUCCUCAUGAGUAUCAUUUCAAGGUUGUAAUCUUGCUCUCCUCUGACUGUUUAUUGAAGCUGCACUGUUUUAAAAGAAGAAGAAAAAACUCCUAUCAAAGGAGGCCUGAUCCAGACCUGUCUCAAACACCCUGUGAUGUUUCUGUGACAUUAUUGUGAGUAAUAUUAAUCCAAAUAAAAUCAAAAUGUUUGAAGAAA